CGAGCUGGAGUUUCAGUAUAAACAAGGACCCCGACUGGAUCGGCGGGUUUUUCCUUUCUUCCAGCGUUCGACCCUUCCUGGUCCUGAGCUCUCCUUGGGGGCGCCUCGGUACGGCAUCCAGUAGGUGGAGGCUCAGAGCUGUGCGCGGGAAAGUAUGCCUCAGACACCUCCCUUCUCAGCAAUGUUUGACAGCAGCGGUUACAACCGGAACGUCUACCAGCCUUCAGAGGACAGCUGUGGGGGCCUGAACUACCACGACAAUAACCUCCUUUCUGGGUCCCUGGAAGCGCUCAUCCAACACUUGGUGCCCAAUGUGGACUACUAUCCUGAUAGGACAUACAUAUUCACCUUCCUGCUAAGCUCCCGGUUGUUCAUGCAUCCCUACGAACUCAUGGCCAAGGUUUGCCACUUGUGCGUUGAGCACCAGCGGCUGAGCGAGGGGGACGGUGAUAAGAACCAGACGAGGAAAAUUGCACCUAAAAUUCUUCAACUCUUGACAGAGUGGACAGAAACGUUUCCUUAUGACUUCCGGGAUGAGAGAAUGAUGCGGAACCUUAAGGACUUGGCGCACAGGAUGGCCAGUGGCGAGGAGCAGACGUACCGGAAGAAUGUCCAGCAGAUGAUGCAGUGUCUGAUCCGAAAACUCGCGGCCCUGAGCCAGUACGAGGAAGUCCUGGCCAAACUCAGCUCCACGGCCACAGACCGGCUCACGGUCCUAAAGGCCAAGCCCCAGUCCAUACAGCGGGACAUCAUGACCGUCUGCAGCGACCCUUACACGUUGGCCCAGCAGCUGACUCACAUUGAGCUGGAGAGACUCAAUUACAUUGGCCCAGAAGAGUUCGUUCAGGCGUUUGUGCAGAAGGACCCUUUGGACAAUGAUAAGAAUUGCUACAGUGAACGGAAGAAAACACGGAACUUAGAAGCUUACGUAGAGUGGUUUAAUCGGCUAAGCUACUUGGUUGCCACGGAAAUCUGCAUGCCUGUGAAGAAGAAACACCGAGCGAGGAUGAUCGAGUAUUUCAUCGACGUGGCUCGAGAGUGUUUCAACAUAGGAAACUUCAACUCCUUGAUGGCAAUCAUCUCUGGUAUGAACAUGAGUCCGGUCUCGCGACUUAAGAAAACCUGGGCCAAAGUGAAGACCGCGAAGUUCGACAUUCUUGAGCAUCAGAUGGAUCCGUCAAGCAACUUCCUUAACUACAGGACAGCUCUCCGAGGGGCAGCGCAAAGGUCCCUGACUGCCCACAGUAGCAGAGAGAAGAUUGUGAUACCAUUCUUCAGUCUCUUAAUCAAAGACAUUUAUUUCCUCAACGAGGGCUGUGUCAACCGUCUUCCAAACGGCCACGUCAAUUUUGAGAAAUUUUGGGAACUGGCCAAACAAGUGAGUGAAUUUAUGACAUGGAAACAGGUGGAGUGUCCGUUUGAGCGGGACCGGAAGGUCUUACAGUACCUGCUCUCAGUGCCCGUAUUCAGUGAAGACGCUCUGUACUUGGCUUCAUAUGAGAGUGAAGGACCUGAAAAUAAUAUAGAGAAGGACAGAUGGAAGUCUUUAAGGGCCAGCCUCUUGGGCAGAGUUUAGCACAAGGAAAAUGCUUCUGUUCCUGCAUCAGACGGACCCUGGAAGGGCUGGCCUUGUUUUCUGGCAUCCAGUACUAGGAACCGCCCGACGGACUGCAGGCAAGCCCAGCUGUCGAUGCGGAUGGGGAAUCCAUUUCCCCACAGCGGACAGAUUGACUUGGAUUUUUUUUUUUUUUUUUUGGAGACUGAAAUCUUCACUGAAGACACUUGAGAAAGAAUCCUCUAAGAGUCCCAGCUCUGCGUAUGAUUCAUCUUCUGGAAUUUCCACGUGAAUCACAGCUCUGCACCUGGAUGGAGUUUUCUUUUGUUUGUGGGUUGUUUUUUUUUUUUUUUUUUGGCCUGAACAUUUGUUGCUAAUGGAACUUACACAGCCGAGUGCUGGCUCUGUGGAAGCCCGUGUUUCUUUGUUAAUUUAAAUGAAAAAGGGGGAGAUCCCACUUCAGUUUUUGGAUCCCAGACCUCAGCUUGAACAGUAUUCCAGUGAGGGUACAAAAACUGGGUGGGGUUCUGCUGCAGACUUCCCUUUACCCCGUGCGGUAUUGUACACAGCCCUCCCUCCGCCACCCCUCUUCCUCCAAGGCUUGAGUUGGCUGCUGGCUGGCAAACUCCUUCUUACCCAUAUAAGUUAUUUAAUGUAAUAAUGAAGCUCAACACUGUGGUAGGAAAAUAACCACGGGGGCGGGGGGAGGGGGACGGCAGAGUUUGUCACUGCUGGAUCGCCCAUCCUGUGGGAAGGGACCGUGUUUUCUUUACCCUUCUGAGCUGUUUACAGCUGACUACUGUGUCCUGUAGAUGUAUUUUUCAGUAGGUUUUGUUUUUGUUGUUGUCCUUAACUUGGUUUCCCAUGAUGCCACCCCCAUCCCCGUCAGUGUAAAUGCUAUGACUUUAAGGGUCUUGCGGGGGGAAACACCCGUGACCUAACCCCAGUUGCUGUUUUUCACUAACUUAUUUCUCAUUAUCCUCUGGAGUCAGUUGGUGGCUAAACACGUAGACAAGGAAUACAUUUAAGAAAAGUCCCCUCCUCCCCCCGUAGCAGUGACCAAAUGAAAACCAGCUUGCUGGUGACUGAUCAGUCUUAACAUCUAAAUUAGGUCCGUAGUUGCUCUUCAAGCAGCCAUUGUGAUACUCUAGGAGAAACUUUGCAGUAGUGAUCCCCGCUAAUGGAAACGCACAAUGCCAAGCUCCUGCCGUGUUUGUUAACCCUUCUGACGCCAUCCUGAGGACCAGCAUGUCUUAACUGUGCAUCAUCUCAACAGGCCUGACCUGUCUCCAAGUUGUCCCUUCCCAAUGUCAAUACAUUUUACACUCUGCAGCCAGGA